UUCUAAAAAAAAAUUCCCCAUGUAUGAAGCAUGUUUAACCGUUUCCCUUCCCGUUAGUCUCCUCCCUCAGGUAUCCCUCUGGUCUCAAUUUGGGUAUAAAUUCAGACAAGAUGUUAAUACAAAUAUGUGCACAUUUCUGAGCUCUUCAGUAAGAUCUUACCAAGAUUUUGCCUUUGAGGAGUCUUCAUCUUCAUCCACUGAGCCAGCAGCAUCUCCACUCCUGAGGGCCCACUCUUCUCGUCUCUGCCUCCAGAAGAUCCACCAGCUUGUCCAUCAGCAUGACUCCUCGGUCUCUCCUCCUGUCUGUCCUGGUUCUCCUGUCUCUCUUCAACACUGCCUGUUGUACCCCCUUGUGCAACAACCAGUGCUGUCGUUUCGUGGAGGGCUUCCCUGUCAGGCUAAAGAAGCUGAGAGAGGACUAUUCACAGAUCAGAGACUUCUAUGAAGCUAAUGAUGACCUGGACACAGCACUGUUAGACCAAAGUGUCGAGGACUCCUUUAACAGCCCGUUUGCCUGCCAAGCAAUGAACAGCCUACUGGAGUUUUAUCUGAACACGGUUUUGCCGACAGCCGUGGCCGGAGUGACGGAGGACACCAAGGACUUGAAGCCUCACAUGGAGUCCAUACAGCAGAUCUUCGACGAGCUCAAGAGUGAGGUCACCAAAUGCAGACAUUACUUCUCCUGCAAGAAACAAUUUGACAUCACAAACCUAAACUCUACUUAUACUCAGAUGGAGAGUAAAGGUCUAUUUAAGGCCAUGGGGGAGCUGGACCUGCUGUUUAACUACAUUGAGAAGUAUCUGGCUUCUAAACGACAAAGAAACACAGUGGCCGCUGUUUGAAGACCAAAUCAAAAUGUGAUCUUGUUCAUCUCAGGGAAAAGAGAAGACGGCCACAGAGUCUUGCACUCUUUCGCAUUCAAUCAGUUACUGUCACUGGUAUGAGUAUAUGUUGCCUCAUGUUGUUGUAGCUAAACCGAUGUCUUUGUUAUUCUGAGACUUCUGUUUUGUCCUGAGGACAAGCUUCUGUUUUAAGACCAUAUUGAGUCCUACACAUUCCAAGUUACAACCCAAAAUCUCACCUAUAAAGCUGUGAUAUUUAUUUUUUUAUAUGUAAUUUUGUAUUUAUUAAGUUGUGUAUUGUUCAACUGAAAUAAAACUCUUUUAAAUU